AUGACAGAAAAUUUGACAAGCGUUAUAGAAAACAAUGAGAAGUUACUGACAGAAGAACAGAAGCUUAUUUACGAUAGGGUUAUGCUGACCGUUGCUGUAGAACAGGGGGGUUUCUUUUUCUUGGACGCCCCAGGAGGAACGUUUGUCAUAUCAUUGAUUCUUGCAAAAGUAAGAUUGCAAAAAAUAGCAUUGGCAGUAGCAUCGUCUGGUAUUGCGGCUACUUUGCUGGAAGGAGGACAAACAGCACAUUCCACAUUCAAGCUUUCAUUAGAUAUACACAAUAAAGAGAAUGCGACAUAUUUGAAAGGAAGCGAUCAGAUUUUCGGUGGUGCUUUCUUACUUUUGUCAGCUGACUUCAGACAGACCUUACCUGUCAUACCUCGAUCAACUUACGCAGAUGAGAUCAAUGCAUGCUUGAAGCAAUCCUUUUUGUGGCGAAGUGUUGAAAAACUUAAAUUGACCAUAAACAUGCGUGUGCGAUUGGAGCAAGGUCCAUCAGCACAAAUGUUUUCAGAACAACUAAUUGAUAUAGGAAAUGGCGCAAAAAUACAACAGUUAAUACCUGGCGAUGUCAUGUCUUUUAAAUCGAUAGACACAGUUGUGGAUGAUAAUGAAAGUGUAAACUAUCCAACGGAGUUUUUAAAUUCAAUAGAUGUACCUGAGAUGCCUCCACAUUGA